AAAGGGGCCGCGAGCGGUGGACUGAACCGGCAUCUCUGGGAGCACUUCUGCAGCCCCGUGGCUUCCAUGUGAGCGAUUCCGCUGUCCCCCCGACCGCCCCGUCCUCCCAGCGGUCUUCGCCGCUGCAGCAUCCGCGCUGUGGGGCGGGCAGCGGCUGCGACCCUCGCCGGCCGUCUAGUGUGUGAGGCUCGCACGGCUCCCGGCUGCCCCGCGCUUCGCGGGAGCCCAAGGGGGCGCGGGUCCGGGGCGAGAGCCGGUCGGCUGUUUGAUGGCUUCACUGAGAAGAGUCAAAGUGCUGCUGGUGUUGAACUUGAUCGCGGUGGCCGGUUUCGUGCUCUUCCUGGCCAAGUGCCGGCCCAUCGCGGUGCGCAGCGGAGACGCCUUCCACGAGAUCCGGCCGCGCGCCGAGGCAGCCAACCUCAGCGCGCACAGCGCCAGCCCCAUCCAGGAUGCGGUCCUGAAGCGCCUCUCCCUGCUCGAGGACAUCGUCUACAGGCAGCUGAAUGGCUUAUCCAAGUCCCUUGGGCUCAUUGAAGGCUAUGGCGGGCGGGGCAAAGGGGGCCUUCCAGCUACCCUUUCCCCUGCCGAAGAAGAGAAAGCCAAGGGGCCGCAUGAGAAGUACGGCUACAAUUCCUACCUCAGUGAAAAAAUUUCACUGGAUCGUUCCAUUCCGGAUUAUCGUCCUACCAAGUGUAAGGAGCUCAAGUACGCCAAGGAGCUGCCUCAGAUAUCCAUCAUAUUUAUCUUUGUGAACGAGGCCCUGUCGGUGAUCCUGCGCUCGGUCCACAGCGCCGUCAACCACACGCCGACGCACCUGCUCAAGGAGAUCAUUCUGGUGGAUGACAACAGCGAUGAAGAGGAGCUGAAGGCCCCCCUGGAGGAGUACGUCCACAAACGCUACCCCGGGCUCGUGAAAGUGGUGCGAAAUCAAAAGAGAGAGGGCCUGAUCCGAGCUCGCAUUGAGGGCUGGAAGGCGGCCACCGGCCAGGUCACCGGCUUCUUUGAUGCCCACGUGGAAUUCACUGCUGGCUGGGCCGAGCCGGUUCUAUCCCGCAUCCAGGAAAACCGGAAGCGAGUGAUCCUCCCCUCCAUCGACAACAUCAAACAGGACAACUUUGAGGUGCAGCGCUAUGAGAACUCGGCCCACGGGUACAGCUGGGAGCUGUGGUGCAUGUACAUCAGCCCCCCGAAAGACUGGUGGGACGCCGGAGACCCUUCUCUCCCCAUCAGGACGCCAGCCAUGAUCGGCUGCUCCUUCGUGGUCAACAGGAAGUUCUUUGGUGAAAUCGGUCUUCUGGACCCUGGGAUGGAUGUGUACGGAGGGGAAAACAUCGAACUUGGCAUCAAGGUGUGGCUCUGCGGGGGCAGCAUGGAAGUCCUUCCCUGCUCACGGGUGGCCCACAUUGAGCGGAAGAAGAAGCCGUACAACAGCAACAUUGGUUUCUACACCAAGAGGAAUGCGCUCCGGGUUGCUGAGGUCUGGAUGGACGACUACAAGUCUCACGUGUACAUCGCGUGGAACCUGCCGCUGGAGAAUCCAGGAAUUGACAUAGGUGAUGUCUCAGAGAGAAGAGCAUUGAGGAAAAGUUUAAAGUGUAAGAACUUCCAGUGGUACCUGGACCACGUGUACCCGGAAAUGAGAAGAUACAACAAUACCAUCGCCUAUGGGGAGCUCCGCAACAACAAGGCAAAAGACGUCUGCCUGGACCAGGGCCCACUGGAGAACCACACAGCAAUACUGUACCCAUGCCACGGCUGGGGACCACAGCUUGCCCGCUACACCAAGGAAGGCUUCCUGCACUUGGGCGCCCUGGGAACCACCACGCUCCUCCCUGACACCCGCUGCCUGGUGGACAACUCCAAGAGCCGGCUGCCCCAGCUCCUCGAUUGUGACAAGGUCAAAAGCAGCCUGUACAAGCGCUGGAACUUCAUCCAGAAUGGCGCCAUCAUGAACAAGGGCACAGGGCGCUGCCUGGAGGUGGAGAACCGCGGCCUGGCUGGCAUCGACCUCAUCCUCCGCAGCUGCACGGGACAGAGGUGGACCAUUAAGAACUCCAUCAAGUAGAGGGAAGGGGCCAGCACCCCGUAGCCUGGCCCCCAGGACAUAGCUGGUCCGUCCGUCCUCUGGACCAGCCACACGGGUGGAGAGACAGCAGGGGCCAACAGGCGCUCGCUGGGCCUCCCAGGGCUUCUCUGGGACAGCACAGGGGCCCCAGACGGAGACUUCGUGUCCCCUUCGGCAUCCAGCUGCCCACAAGGCUUGUGCACCCGGGAAAAGCCCCUCACUCCUUCUCCAGGAAACCAGCCGUGGCUUCUGCAGCCCUAGUGUGGACCUGGCACCGGAAAGUGAGACUGUCCACGUCUCUGCUAUGUCAUCUCCCACCCCGGUAGCAGGAUCUGGGACUGGCGGGGUCCCCUCCCGUGUCUCAUCCUUUGCAGCAGCAGCUUCUGAACUCUACCCUAACACAGUGGGACGCCGCAGGGGCUUCAGCCACAGCAGAGCUCCCCCUCCUUGGAGGAAGCUGUGGGGCCCUGAGACUCAGUUUCCCCUGAGGUUGCUUCUGCCCAGGUGUCUGUUCACACCAGAGGCAGCCACCACCCUCAACUUUCCCACCAGGAUAGCUUUGGAGACUAUAGCUCUGGAAAUUUCCAGAAGGAGCUGACGGUUCCUCUGCUGGACACCUGGGCACUAGGCCGCUAUAAAUGUGCGUGGGCCAGCUCUCCUGCCUGUGUCUGGAGGGAGCCAGAGAUAAACGGUCUCAGCACGUAGGAUGGUCUGGGCUGCAAGGGACCCAGCAAGGGGGAGCCAGGCCGGGGAGUAGUGAGCCUUGACCAGUGGAGCUGCCCUGGGGCGCAGCCAGGGGCCUCCAUCUAGAACUCAAGGGCUGAAGCCAGCAUAGCAGAGGGCGCCAGGAAGCUCUGAGAUGCUUUGUGCUCACCUCGUUUCACCCCACGCUCCGCUGGCUGGCAGGGGAGAAGGCAGUCGUUUCCUCUCUUAAGAGUAAUAAUUUUUUCCGAUUGCCCUCUGGUUAGGGUGCACUUAUAAAUCAGAGUUAAUAUAUGGACGUGUGUGCAUGCACACGCGCGUGUGUGCCCGUGUGCUGUGUGUGGCAGGGUGUGUGCGUGUGCGUCUGGCGUGUGCGUCUGAGCGUGUGGCGAGGCUGACCCAGCUGUGUGGCCUCGGGCUUGCUGCAUAACUGUUCUCCUGGAUGGGGACGGGGCUGCCGAGGAGUGUGCGGGGGGAGGGCCCCAUGUCACCAGCCCGGAGGUGCCCCUGACGGAAGCCUGUCCCUUCUGCCGGUUCCCAGCUCUCCCCUGUGCUGUCCCUGGCCAAGCCCUGCCCAGAGCCAAACCCUGUAGUUGCCCCGUUGCUCAAUGCAGGAUUCACAGUGUCUCAUUUGGUGGCAUCUUACUGGUGAUCAUCCCUCGCCCCAUCUCCCACCUUGUGAAAUAAAUACACGUUAGCACUUCCC